AUCAGCUAUGGCUUCGACCCUUCUGCUUUCACCUCAUCUUUCCUUCCCCACCGUCGAUAUCGAUACCGAUCCUGACCACCAUCAUCAUCAACGGCCCAUAAUUAAGCGCAACUCAGCAGCUACUGGGCUAAUCCAGAUAUGCAGGAACAUCCAAGAAUUGAAGCAGAUCCAUGGACAGAUGAUGAAAAUGGGCCCCACAACAGCUCCAGUGAGCACCAAGCUCAUUGCCGCCUGCGCUCGAAUCGCCACUCCCGAGAGCUUGAAUUAUGCAAGAAAAGCCUUCCAACUCUUACUGGAAGAAGAAGAAGAAGCCAAUCUUUUCUUAUGGAAUUCACUGAUAAGAGGCUACGCUUCUGCUGGCAUUGGCCAAGAAGCCAUUUAUCUAUACCUCCAGAUGGUAAUGGAAGGCGUCUUGCCUGACCAUUUCACGUUCCCUUUCCUUUUGACCGCCUGCACCAAGAUUGCUGCGGCGUCGGAGGGGAUUCAAUUCCAUGCUUCUUUGAUCAAGAUGGGGCUGGGAACUGAUGCUUAUAUACUUAAUUCCUUGAUUCAUUUCUAUUCUGAAUGUGAGGAUUUGACUUCUGCACGUAAGGUGUUCGAUGGAAUGCCUGAAAGAAAUGUCGUUUCAUGGACGAGCUUGAUCUGUGGUUAUGCCCACAGGGACUCCCCUGAAGAUGCUGUAUCUCUGUUUUGGGAGAUGGUGAGAGCAGAAGCGAUCAGACCUAAUUCAGUUACGAUGGCAUGUGUUGUCUCUGCUUGCGCGAAACUUCAGGACCUUGAUCUGGGCGAGCGGGUCUGCUCUUAUAUUGGGGAAUCUGGAAUUGGGCUUAAUGCAGUUUUGGUGAAUGCACUUGUUGACAUGUACAUGAAAUGUGGGGCGAUGGAGAGGGCAGAGCUAUUGUUUGGUGAGUGUAGCGAUAGGAAUUUGGUUUUGUAUAACACCAUGGUGUCGAAUUAUGUCCGCCUGGGUUUGGCAAAGGAGGCACUUGCAGUCUUCGAUGAAAUGAUACAUGCAGGUCUUAAGCCGGAUAGGGUUACGAUAAUUGGGGUGAUAUCGGCAUGUUCUCAUUUAGGCAAGCUGGUCUCAGGAAGACAGUGCCAUGGAUAUGUCUUGCGGAAUGCGUUGGAUGGGUGGGAUGCGGUGAUCAAUUCCAUCAUUGACAUGUACAUGAAAUGUGGUGUGCCAGAAACUGCAUGCAGGGUUUUCGACACGAUGUUGAAGAAGACCAUCGUGUCAUGGAACACUGUAAUUGCGGGAUAUAUCAGAAAUGGCGAUUUGGGUUCUGCCCAGAAUGUUUUCAGUUCAACACCAGAAAAGGAUAUUGUGUCUUGGAAUACCAUGAUUGGUGCUCUGGUUCAGGAGGAUCAGUUUGAGGAAGUGAUCACCCUUUUUCGGGUAAUGCAUGAUUCUGGUGUAAAGGCAGACAGGGUGACCAUGGUGAGCAUCGCGUCUGCUUGUGGGUACUUGGGUGCCCUCGAUCUUGCAAAAUGGAUCCAUGCCUACAUUGACAAGAACGAAAUCCCUUGUGAUGUUCGGCUGGGAACAGCUUUGGUUGAUAUGUAUGCUCGGUGUGGGGAUCCCAGAAGUUCGAUGCAAGUUUUUGAGGAAAUGCCUGAAAAGGAUGUUUCUGCUUGGACUGCAGCCAUUGGAGCAAUGGCCAUGGAAGGGAAUGGAAAACAGGCCAUACAACUUUUCAAUGAGAUGGUCCAGCAUGGGGUGAAACCUGAUGGUGUAGCAUUUGUGGCAGUGCUAACUGCGUGCAGUCAUGGUGGGUUGGUCGAAGAAGGCCGUUGUCUCUUCCGAUCAAUGAGUGACAACUAUGAUCUUCUUCCACAGAUUGUCCACUAUGGGUGCAUGGUUGAUCUGUUCGGCCGUGCUGGCCUGUUUGGAGAAGCACAUAUGCUCAUCGAGAGCAUGCCGAUCGAGCCUAACAGUGUCAUUUGGGGGGCUCUAUUAGCUGCUUGCCGGAUCCACAAUAAUGUGGAGCUGGCGGAUCAUGUGGCCAAGCAGGUGAUGGAGUCGGCUCCUGACCACUCAGGAAUACAUGUGCUCAUUUCGAAUAUUUAUGCAUCAGCAGGGAAAUGGUCUGAUGUUGCAAGGGUGAGGAUGCAUUUGAAGGACAUAGGAGCCCAAAAGCUACCAGGAUCAAGCUCGGUCGAGGUGAAUGGAGUUAUUCAUGAGUUCACAUCCGGGGACGAAUCGCACCGACAAAUGAUACAGAUAGUUAAGAUGCUCGAUGAGAUCAACAGUCGACUUAAGCAUACAGGUCAUGUGCCUGACUUGGGGAAUGUUUUGCUCGAUGUCAGUGAAGCAGAAAAAGAGCACUUGCUUGGUCGACAUAGUGAGAAACUGGCCAUGGCAUUUGGGCUCAUCAGCACCGGUCAUGGGGCACCAAUCCGUGUGAUCAAGAACCUCCGUAUGUGCUCCGAUUGCCACACGUUUGCCAAAUUGGUGUCGGGUAUCUACAGCCGUGAAAUUGUGGUCCGAGACAACAACCAGUUCCAUUAUUUCCAGCGAGGGCAGUGUUCUUGCAUGGAUUACUGGUGAGAUUAGAUGCAACUAAUGAAAAUGGCACAUGCAAGGCAUGUACAGAGAGGAUGGAAGAGAGGAAAAUUAGGAUACGCAGAGAGAGGAUGAGAGAAGAGCAUUCAUGUUUCAAUGUUCGCCGACCCAUCUCCACAUUUUCCUGUGUUGAGGACUGUGGUCCACUCAAGAUGUAGAUUUACUUCAUUUUUUAACGGACAUCCUAACAUGAGCCGGUGCAAUAGAUGUACGGUAUGAAUUUCAGUCAUCACAGUUGCCCCUAUAAAGCCAUUACUGCACAGUCUCACUACUAUUACACUCUGUUUGAGCUCAUCAGCACCGUCCAUGGGGCACCGGUCCUUUUUGCAGGUGAAAUCUGAACCGUAAGUCGGCCAAUAACCAUAUUUUUCAUUUCAUCUAAAAUGUCUUCCCACACUCUGUAAAUGUUGAAAGUUUUCCUUUGUAUGAAAUUAGCUGUGGCAAAAAUAUCCAAAAUCUACUCAUGAUAAAUAUGGUAUAUAUAUGAUGAGUCACACAGCAGGGAAUGUGAGAACAGUUCCCUUAACAAA